CACAACACACAACAACUGCGGGCUCCUACUACAGCCAAUAUCACCCGAACAGCGUCAACUACGAAGCGAAAUCAAUCCCAAGAAGUGAAAAUAACGUUUCAGCACAUAUUAGCAAUUAAGCAGCAUUGAUAGAAUCUUGCUAUUUGGACUAUUUGUCCACUAGGCGUCUUGUCACAAAAGAUUUAUAUCUUCAGAAACUUUCCAAACUCGUCAAAAAGAAAUUCUCGAUAAAGGCCAGAAUCGUUGAGUCUUCAAUGUGGAUUUUUACUUUGCUGAUCUCCUUCCACGAAUGACGAUUUUGCAAGUUUGUGAAUCUUGCUAAAAGAAGAAUGUAAACUGAGAAAAGAACCAGAAAACUACCUCUCGUAAAACUGAAAAUCACCAAAACUACUGCAGUAGUAAAAUUUUCAUAGCUGUGAAGAAAAAAAAUUAAGUUUUGGUAGAGAACCAAGAUGGUUGAUUCAAGUGCUCUUACAACGGCCCCUCCUUUGGAUGUGUUUUUGAGUACGAGUAAUCGAACAAACUCAAGUGAGGCCCGUGUUGGACUAACAGUACUCGAAGAGUAUGCAAAGCAUGCAAGAGUCUUAAAACUCACUCUGUAUGUGAUUAUCUUUCUUGUAAGUGCGUUAGGGAACUCUAUGGUUUGUGUGAUCAUCCUUCGACGCAAAAACAUGAAAACAGUAACGAACUACUUUAUUCUGAAUUUGGCCAUCGCUGACUUAGCCUUGACGUGUAUUUGUAUUCCAUUCGACAUUCCUGUUCAGGAGAUGGACUACGUUUGGCCUUACGGGGCUUUUAUGUGCAAGAUUCUGUAUCCCUUACAAACACUAGCUCUCUUUGCAUCGAUAUACACUUUGACAGCGGUCAGUUUGACGCGAUAUUGGGCUAUCGUUCACCCACUUCGAAGACAGCUCACCAUUUCUAAAGCUAAAAUUCUUAUAGUUCUUAUUUGGGUGUUUUCCAUAAUCCCUGUAUGUCCUUAUAUUAUCAUAUUACGCUACAGUGACAACUCCUGCGAUGAGUCAUGGGAAAACCACCACACGCGAAAGAUCUACACGGCAUUUCUUUUCACCACACAGUACGUCUUACCACUCAUUGUCAUAGCAACGGCUUACAUAAGCAUAGCAGGCGAGCUACGAAAGAGAGAAUUCGUGACCGAAUGUCUAAGAAGACAACAGUUGGAAGAGACCAGGAAGAUAGUGCGCAUGCUCGUAGUGGUAACGGUGCUGUUCGCAGCCUGCAUGUUGCCGAACAAUAUCAUGUGGAUGUGGUUGGACUUUGGACAAGCAGAUCAGUAUUUCAAAUACUUCUGGGAAGUCGUUGCUUUUAGUAAUAUUUUAACAUUCGCCAACAGCGCUGCCAACCCCUUGUGCUACACCAUGCUUAACGAGAACUAUCGCAAAGAAGUUAAGUCCACCUUGAAAUUUUGUUUGAACAGGACUGACAAACAAGUAGGAGGGCGACUACGGAAAGGAAGUAGUUUAUCAGGGUUUGAAUUAUUGAAAAUCCCUCGAUCAAAGUCAACUACCACAACUGUUAGUAACGUAUAGUCACGUGACCAAUCGCUCGAUAUUAGCUGCCAAAAUCCUUAGGUGUACAAAUUUUCUAGUGAAUUUUUUAACUUUAAAUGAUGAUUUCGAUUCAGCUUUACCAUAGUAACCAUCACGUGACAACUUAGUUUAUACUCGUUCCCAUUCCAUUCUCUGAUAUUAACAUUUUUAUCGAUAAAAUGUCGUUUCCCCACGUGACAUGGAGCGAUUAUUACGACUAUUCAUUGGCUCCCUAAAGUAACCAAUCAGUAACUUCGUCUUGUCGAUACUACAAAGAAGCAAAACGAACUGAUGAAUCAGAGAUAGGCCAGAACUUAUAAAUAAUUUAAUCAAUUACAUAUUAAAAGCAAACCAGAUUUUAUAAACCACAUUAUGGUUGACAGAGCUAAAACUUAAAAUGCUGGAUGACAUUGUUGAAAAACCUCCAACAUGGCCGCCACUUCCCACAGGAAAUAUACCCAAGUAAAAUUACUUUGUUCUGAGGCGAGUGCUUUCUACUCCCUCGAGCAAAGUUUUGCUCCCUUUUUGUCACGAUAUCUCUUUUCAAAGUAAAUAAUGUUGAAUGAGUGUUCUAUCAACCAUUCCAAGGUCGAGGAAAAACUGGGUUGAGUUAGCAUUGCGGGGCAUUCUGGAACUAUUUCAAGAUGGCGUCUAAUUCGUCCUCUAACAAGCUGCUCCUCUAACAAAGUCCCGUAAUGCACUGCAUGCAAACUCGACCCAGUCUUUUUUUAAUAUAUGUAUAUAAUUUAUACCCUACGUACCAUGAGGGUACGUAAAACUUACUAAACUCACUAAAUAGUCAUUAAAACCGAAAACUGAGUAACAUAUAAAUCUAUUUAUAAUUACUGCAAAGGGCGAACGAAUUUCGGCAAUAAAUUGAAAGGAUUUGUGA